GUUUAUUGUCAAAAUUCCAGCUGUUUAUCACAAUUUUAUUUAAUCGUUUCCUGACCAUUUUUCUUAAUUUUUUAAGGACUUCCAGGUGAAUAACAAUGGGGCGCGCAGAGGUCGGAACUCCCAAGUACCUGGCCAACAAGAUGAAGGCUAAGGGGCUGCAGAAGCUACGAUGGUACUGCCAGAUGUGUCAGAAGCAGUGUCGCGAUGAAAAUGGCUUCAAGUGCCACACAAUGAGUGAAUCCCACCAGCGGCAGCUCCUCCUCUUUGCCGACAACUCCAAGAGGUACAUCGAUGACUUCUCCGGGGAAUUCGCCAAGGGCUACGUUGAGAUACUAAGACGGCAAUUUGGGACAAAGCGCGUGGCUGCCAAUAAGGUGUAUCAGGAGUAUAUUUCGGAUAAGAAUCACCUCCAUAUGAAUGCAACACGAUGGCUCUCACUGACGGGAUUUGUACUCUGGCUCGGGAAGACGGGGCAGUGUGUGGUGGAUGAAACGGAAAAGGGAUGGUACAUCACAUACAUUGAUCGGGAUCCGGAAACCAUUGCACGGCAGGAGAAAAUGGCGAAGAAGCAGAAGAUGGACAAGGAUGACGAGGAGCGAUUGCAGGAAUUCAUUGAGAAGCAAGUUGAGCGUGGGAAGAAGGACGAGGAGACAGCGGGGUCGAGCACAGGAGGUGGGGAGUUUGUGCGUGAGAACGAAGAGGAAAAGAUAAAGCUGAAAAUCAACCUGGCAGGGACGAGUAAAAAGGAAGCAAUCUUCAAGAAACCCGCUCUGCUGACAAAACGCCCCGCGGAGGAUUCCGGAAGUGCGGAGAAGCGUUCCAAGCGUGAAAAGGAAGCACGAAGGAUCUCAGCACUGGAUGACAUCAUAAAAACGGAGGAAUCCCGAAAGGAGAGAACCAACAGGAAGGACUAUUGGCUCAAGGAGGGGAUAAUUGUGAAGAUUGUCAGCAAAUCCUUGGCCGAGGGGAAGGUGUACAAGGAGAAAGCCGUUGUGCAGGAAGUUAUUGAUAAGUAUCGGGCUAAAGUUAAGCUCCUGGAGACCGGGAAGAAAUUGGAAGUUCACCAGGAUGACGUUGAAACGGUCAUUCCGCAAAUUGGGAAGGAAAUUCUUGUACUCAAUGGUGCCUACAGGGGCUCCAAGGCAGUUCUAAAAAGCCUCCAGGAGGAAGAUUACUCCGUGACCAUUGAAAUAUCCGAAGGACCCCUCACAGGAAGACAAGUUGAUCGUGUUCGGUACGAAGAUAUAAGCAAACUAUACUGAAAUUCAAGCGUUGUGCUAAAAAAUGCGGAUCUUCCAUGGAAUGUCGUAUGAAUGUCCAACGUCACACAUCAAAACAACAACAACAUUGCUGAAUAUCGUGAAUAUCACAUAAAAUUCCUCAUCAUCGUGGCUAGGUGGUUUUUACACGGGAAUUCCGCUCUCUCUGCUGCUGAGUAAACUCUCUGAAAAACCCCAAAAGAAUGGGUGUCAGUGCUUAGUGAAAUCCUCCCAGAACUACCUGGAAGAUCCGCUCAAAGACAAACCAUAGAGAUCCUCAGGAAAAACUCCCGGAAAGCUCAAAGAAUUUGGUGUGAAAGUAAAAGUGAAAGUUUUCUCACAGGUACAGCUCUCAAUUCCCAGGAAAACUUUUUUGCUGACCAUGGAACGUGAUGGAGAUAAAAUCAUUCGGGUGGGGUCACGGAAGAGUGAGUUGGCGCUCAUUCAAACCAAGUAUGUCAUCGGGCAACUCCAGGCACUCUUCCCGGACAGGAAGUUUGAAAUACACACAAUGUCAACAGUGGGUGAUCGAGUGUUGAACAUUUCCCUGCCGAAGAUUGGGGAGAAGAGUCUCUUUACGAAGGAUCUCGAGGAUGCUCUUCGUACGGGAAGGGUGGACUUUGUUGUGCACUCACUGAAGGAUCUACCAACAACACUACCGAAUGGGAUGGCGAUUGGUGCGGUGUUGGAGCGAGAAGAUCCCCGAGAUGCACUCGUGCUCAAUGAGAAGCAUCGUGGGAAGACACUUAAAACCCUCCCGGAGGGCUCUAUCAUUGGUACAUCAUCCCUCCGGCGGGCAGCACAGCUAGCCCGGUUCUACCCUCAGCUCACAGUUUGCGAUAUCCGGGGGAAUCUCAAUACGCGUCUGGCGAAACUCGAUGCGGAAAAUUCAAAAUUCGCCGGGAUUAUUCUCGCGCAUGCUGGGCUCGUCCGGAUGGGAUGGGAGAAGCGUAUUAGCCAGGUGCUGAAGUGCGAUGAACUCCUCUAUGCCGUAGGACAGGGAGCUCUCGCCGUGGAAUGCCGUGCUGAUGCUGAAGAGAUUCUCCGGAUGCUGCAAAAGCUUUGCUGUCGCACCACCGAAGGGCGUAUUCUGGCCGAAAGAAGCUUCCUCCGUACCCUGGGUGGAGGCUGCAGUGCCCCAGUGGCAGUGAGUAGUUCCCUGAAGCGUGCACGUGAUCAGGAUGGACACAAAUUAACCCUUCGUGGGGCUGUGUGGAGUCUCGAUGGGAAAACGGAGAUUCGCGAUGAAGUUUCGUGUGAAGUUCCAUUUGAAGUGGAUGCAACGGAAGUUGAUGGGGUACCACCGAAGAAGGUAAAAGUCACGGAAGUGCCGGCAAGACGAAGCCCCGACAUCAUUGAUGACUCCAAAGCAACUGGUGGUGAGACACAAAAUCUCGAUAUUGGUGCUCUGAUAAAUCUCCACGGGGAUGCCUUCAAGCGUUGCCCGUAUUCGAAGCAACAGCAACCCCAUGAAAGGUGCCCCCUUAGUAUUCCCAUUGGGCAGGAUGUGAUGGGAGUGUGUCCAUUCUUCGGGACAACGGAAAAGGUGAAUUUGGCCGAGGAAUUCGGACCGGAGCAUAAAGAAGCUACAGCUGGGGUGUCAAAAUGUCCCUUUUCCGGCACGAAAAUCACCCCCGAAGCGCCUCCAAUUGAAAAGUGUCCCUUCCUGGCGAAUCAGGUGAAGCUCAUUGAUUGCGAUGCUGAGCAUGGGCAGGUACAGCACAAUGGGGACUCUGUGGUGGCUCCUCAAACCAACGUACCCCUCUUCUGUGGCCUCUUCCGCCACACUACAGUUCCGCAGGAUUUCCUAGCAAAAUCAGAGGCUCUUGGGAAGCAAUUAGCGAAUGCUCUAAUCGCCAGAGGCGCCAUGGAGGUCAUGAGCAAGGCUCAAGAUGAAAUCCGUGGGAAAGUUUGAGAAAAAAUUAACCUCCUCCCCCUCCCCCAACUACAUCCACCCUUCCUUUUCUACCUCAUUUUGUUCUUUUAUGAUUUUUUUUUCAAAUGGUAUAAUGUGCAACGAAUUUGGUGGCAGAGCCCCGGAGGUUUCCCUACAGCAGAUGCUGUACAGACAAGAAAAAAUUUAAUAAAUUUAUAAAGAGAAGUUUGUAGUAAAAUAAAUAAGGGUCCAAUUAGAAAAA